AAAUACACAAAGUCAUGCUGUAUUAUAGUUCUAGGAGAUGUUGAAAUUACUUAUCAUUAGGGGAAAUGUCUUAACAUCCUGUUUUCGACAGAGAGCCCCUUAAUUCUCUCUGCACACUGCAUAAAGACGAGGAGUUCCGGAGAAAGUACGCACUGUAGGAUUAUCAAAUUGUAUUUACUCUUUUGGAGUCAUUCUAAUGAUAAAUCUCACGCUUCAUUCUCCCUCCUCAACAGGUGUGAAGUACAGAACAUGGAGAGCAAGCCCCAAGGUCCUCUGUUGCUUUCAGUGAUAGUUGUACUGAAUGUCAUUAUAUGGAUGAUAAUGGUCUUCGCCAUUGGACUGGGGACCAUCCAUUUAAACAGCUGUCCUGCCCAGCCCUACAUCCCCAUCUACCUGAUGGUGCUGGGGGUCAGCAGUCUUCUCUUGCUGGCCCUAAGCUACGUCCAAAGCUCAAGGAAGCAGGGUGUGGUCAGCAUCCUGACCUCCGCCUGCAUCAGCCUUCUGCACAUCUUUACCGCCUGUUGGUUUGUGGCAGGCACCCUGUGGGUCUAUUCUAUUUACCCCCCCAGCUACUCAGACGCCGUGGACGGAUACUGCCAAAAGAAUGUCUACCAUUUUGCUUUCUACCUCACCAACCUAUGCUGGCUUCUUGUGAUUGUGACGUUAUUAUACGGCGGAUGCCUCCUUCUGCUGAACUGCUUGGACGCUGGCACCAGGGGGCGUGGUUUGUCUCGCAAGAAUAAUGAUUCGUAUGGCGGAACAAAUUCUCAUUCUAUUGUGACAAAUGGCUGUACAUUAAUUUUGGGAUAGCUUUGUGUGUGUGUGUGUGUGUGUGUGUGUGUGUGUGUGUGUGUGUGUGUGUGUGUGUGUGUGUGUGUGUGUGUGUGUGUGUGUGUGUGCGUGCGUGCGUGCGUGUGUGUCUGUUAAUAAAUAAAUUGAACAAACAAAACAUUAAAUCAAUAAAUAAAUUGG